AUGGAAAUUCCCCGAGAACCUCAUUUCUUCAAGCUUCUUCUUCCUGGUUUUCAAAGUGGCGUGGCAAUACCACUUGACUUCUACACAAAACACAUACAAGGGGCUGAGAUCAAUAAACCAUGGAAGCUAAGAUCGGACGCUUCGGAUCAAAUUUGGGAGGUGAUCCGAGAAGGCAGGACACUCACCAAAGGUUGGAAAGAGUUCACCGAAGCACAUGAUCUUCGAAUCGGUGACAUUGUCAUCUUCAAACACGAAGGAGACAUGGUCUUUCAUGUGACUCCUUUUGGUCCUAGCUGUUGUGAGAUUCAGUAUACACAUCCUCACAUUGUUAAGGAAGACGCCGACGGGGAUGAUGCUCCUACUUUCUCAUACGACUACUGCUUCUUGGCUGAGGUUACUGCUACAAAUCAAAAGGACGACAAAAUGUUUCUUCCUGUGGAAGCUAUGAGGUGUGGUGCUUUGAACCAACAAUGCAAAGAGGUCAAACUUGUCAACAAGGAGGGAAAGUCAUGGACUGCGCGCUUCGGAUUUAGCGAAUCAGACGGCGCAUAUUACAUCAGCAGAGGGUGGAGAAAGUUCUGUCGUGAUAACAGAUGCACCAACGGAGAUUUGUUUGUGUUCAACGUGGUUGGAGACGGGACGACAACUCCAUUACUGUGUGUAUGUCCGGAAAGGAAGGAGUGUACUGAACUACUGAUCAAGCACUUCAGCAGAAUCGAUGGUAGCAUUGCUUCUACCUCACGAAAUUAGAUGGCGCUUUUGCGGUCUUUCCUCUC